CUUCUUCACAAAUAUUCAUAGCCUUCUCUCAAUUCUCUCCUUUCCUCUCCGAUAAAUACACAAAAAAUUCCUCUUAUCUUCGUUAUUUUCGAUUCUCGAAUAUGCAGAUCUUCGUCAAAACCCUAACCGGUAAGACCAUCACUCUCGAGGUCGAGAGCUCCGACACCAUCGACAAUGUUAAGGCCAAGAUUCAAGACAAGGAGGGGAUCCCUCCGGACCAGCAGAGGCUUAUCUUCGCUGGAAAGCAGCUCGAAGAUGGCAGAACCCUAGCCGAUUACAAUAUCCAGAAGGAGUCGACUCUUCAUCUGGUGCUCAGGCUCCGUGGUGGUAUGCAGAUCUUCGUCAAGACCUUGACCGGAAAGACCAUCACUCUUGAGGUCGAGUCCUCCGAUACCAUUGACAACGUCAAGGCUAAGAUACAGGACAAGGAAGGCAUUCCUCCGGAUCAGCAGAGGUUGAUCUUUGCCGGAAAGCAGCUCGAGGAUGGCCGAACCCUCGCCGAUUACAACAUCCAGAAGGAGUCCACCCUUCACUUGGUGCUCAGGCUCCGUGGUGGUAUGCAGAUCUUCGUUAAGACUUUGACCGGAAAGACGAUCACGCUCGAGGUCGAAUCAUCCGACACCAUCGACAACGUCAAAGCCAAGAUCCAGGACAAGGAAGGAAUUCCCCCAGACCAGCAGAGGUUGAUCUUUGCCGGAAAGCAGCUUGAAGAUGGCCGAACCCUCGCCGACUACAACAUUCAGAAGGAGUCCACCCUUCAUCUGGUGCUAAGGCUCCGUGGUGGUAUGCAGAUCUUCGUCAAGACCUUGACCGGAAAGACCAUCACUCUUGAGGUCGAGUCCUCCGACACCAUCGACAACGUCAAGGCUAAGAUCCAGGACAAGGAAGGGAUCCCCCCAGACCAGCAGAGGCUGAUAUUCGCCGGAAAGCAGCUUGAGGACGGACGUACCCUCGCUGAUUACAACAUCCAGAAGGAGUCCACACUCCACUUGGUGCUUCGUCUCCGUGGCGGUAUGCAGAUAUUUGUGAAAACCCUCACCGGGAAGACCAUCACCCUUGAGGUCGAGAGCUCCGACACGAUCGACAACGUCAAGGCCAAAAUCCAGGACAAGGAGGGAAUUCCCCCAGACCAGCAGCGUCUCAUCUUCGCUGGAAAACAGCUCGAGGACGGCCGUACCCUUGCCGACUACAACAUCCAGAAGGAGUCGACUCUCCACUUGGUGCUUCGUCUCCGUGGAGGUAUGCAGAUCUUUGUCAAGACCCUCACAGGGAAGACCAUCACCCUCGAGGUGGAAAGCUCAGACACAAUCGACAACGUUAAGGCUAAGAUUCAGGACAAGGAGGGAAUUCCCCCAGACCAGCAACGUCUGAUCUUCGCCGGAAAGCAGUUGGAGGAUGGCCGUACCCUUGCUGACUACAACAUUCAGAAGGAGUCGACCCUGCACUUGGUGCUCCGUUUGAGGGGUGGGAUGCAAAUCUUCGUGAAGACCCUUACGGGCAAAACCAUCACUUUGGAGGUGGAGAGCUCUGACACAAUUGAUAAUGUAAAGGCUAAAAUCCAGGACAAGGAAGGCAUCCCACCAGACCAGCAGCGUCUCAUCUUUGCAGGGAAGCAAUUGGAGGACGGUCGCACUCUUGCUGAUUACAACAUUCAGAAGGAGUCUACCCUUCACCUUGUUCUCCGUCUCCGUGGUGGGGAUUUCUGAAGAAGUUGUGGUUCGGUCUCAGCUUUUGGGGUUGGCGUGUUUUGAUGGGCUUAUUAGUUGUUAAGCCUUUUGCAGAAAAUAAGCCGUCUUUAUGUUUUUAGUUGUGGUUCUUUUCAAUUUUAAAGGUUGUACUCAAUUUUAAAGGUUGUACUUGUUAAUUUGGUCCAAUGAGGCCAAUGAUAAACUCCCGUCAUUUCCAUAAUAAAUUUAGUAUUUUGUUCACAA